CGUAUAUCCUACAAACCUCCAUUGAUAGAAUAUUCAACAACUUUCGUCUGACCCGGCUUGGAAUAAAUGUAAACAUGGGCAGCCGAUGGAUUCUGUUGCUCGUGGUUGCAGUGAACCUGGUGCACUGCAAUGAGAACGAAAUCAAGGAUCCCACGCCAAUUGUGUAUGAACCAUCAUGGGUUUUUAAAUGCAUCCCGAACGUGGGUUGCCAACGAGCAGCGCACCCUCAGUCGAUGAUGACCACAAACUCUUCGCACGUCUUCUACGACAGCAUAGAUCUGUGCAGGACGGUCUGCGGAAGAUUCGGGGGCAUCUGGCCCAAGCCGCUGACGGCGGGACUUAGCAUGCAGACGGUGCAGAUGCAUCCUACGCAUCUUAGGUAA